AUGAAUAAAAAAUAAAAUAGCACACAAAAAUAUAACUAAAUCUAAUUGCAGAAAAAAAGUAAGAAAAUUGGUGUGGUGCAAUUGCUUUUAAUAAAUAAGGAUCAAUAAUGGUAAGUGGAUAUGAUUCAAAUAUUAAGGUUUGGAAAUUAGAAAAUGGUUUACCAAUAGAAACAGAUCAAAUAUUAUAUGGACACUAAAAUUAGGUUUAUUGUAUAGUUUUUAGCAAAAAAUUAAACUGGUUUAUAUCUGGGUGUAGUGGAGAUGAUAAACUAAUAUUUUGGAAAUAAAUUAUUAAUUCUAAUAAAUGGGAAUCCUUUAGUUCAUUAGAAACAGUAUGUACUGUUUGGUGUUUGAUAUUAAGAGAUAAUGAAAGAUAAUUACUAUCAAGUCAUGAUGAUGGAUCUAUUAGAGUUUGGUCAGUAAGGUAUCUUGAAAAUUUAAUUAUAUUUGAAUAUUCACUUUAGAUGCAUAAUUCAUUUGUAUAUUAAAUUAGUUUGAAUGAAAGUUAAACUUAAUUAGUUUCAUGCAGUGAAGACAAAUAAAUAAUAAUAUGGAAAUUAAACAAAAAGUUAAUUUGGAAAUUUGGAUAUGUAAUUAUCAAAGAUAUAGAUGAUUAUGGUUAAAGAAUUACUUUCAUUAAUGAUGAUACAAUAAUAUGGUGUUAGAAUUAAGGUUAUAUUCAUAUAUUUUAAUUACAUGACUCAAAUUUUGUUGAGAAUGUAAAUUUAUAAAUAAUUCCAAAUAGAAUUCCUUCUAGCGAUUAAUAUAAUUUAUUUCCAUUAAUUUUUAAUUAAUCUAAUCAAAUUUUAAUCUUAAAACAUUUUUAAUAUAUUUAUUUACUACAAUAAUAAGUUAAUAAACAAUUAAAAAUUAUAAGUAAACCAUUAUAUUUUGAAUCUGCUUGUAUGUUUGGUAAUUUAAGUGAUGAUGGUUCAUAAUUAGUAGUUUGGAAUAUGAAAAUAAAAUCAUUUAUAUUUUAUAAAUUAGAUUAUUAAUGA